CUGGAGGUAGGGAGGAAGGGCGGCGCUGGGCGGGCGGGAGGUGGGGCUUCUUGCGGCCGGGCGGGCGGGGCUUGUGCUCGGCCCAAGGCCCCACUCCAAGCCGGGGCUUCGAGUCCAUGGAAACGCGCGCCUGGCCGGAGAGAUGGCUGUUGAUUUUGAAGACAAUGACUGUGAUGACCACCACGAUGUCUAUCAGCCAGCAAACACUACUAUCCAAGAUGAGACACCGCUAUUGGAGGAGCCACCAGAAAAAAGAUCUGAUAUUCACAAGCCUGAAGAUCGCUUCAAUGGCACCUAUAUUAUUUUCUUUUUUUUGGGCACAAGCUCUCUUUUACCUCUAGGCUUCAUAAUGACUGCAAAGCCUUACUGGAUAUACAAACUCCAGAACUGUUCAGAACAAAUCUCUUCAGCUGAACAAGGAGCUUUGGACAUUCGGGACUUCUUUGAAAGUUACAUUUCUGUGGCUUCCACUGUGCCCUCGGUCCUCUGCUUGAUUGGGAACUUUCUGCUAGUCAACAAGGUCUCUGUCAGCGUACGCAUUCUGUCCUCCUUGGUCACCAUGUUAGCGGUUUUGAUGGUGAUCACAGCAUUAGUCAAAGUGGACACCUCUGCUUGGACUCCGUGGUUUUUUAUCGUCAUCAUCGUUUGUGUGGUUAUCAGCAGUAGCGCUGCUACAAUCUUCAGCAGUAGCAUCUUUGGCCUUUCAGGAUGUUUUCCAAUGAGGAAUUCCCAGGCAUUGAUUUCAGGUCAGGCCAUGGGAGGCACAUUGAGUGCUGUCGCAUCGGUGGUGGACCUGGCAGCAGCCUCUGAAGUUACAGACAGUGCUCUGGCCUACUUCCUGACAGCAGACGUCUUCAUUAUUGUGUGCAUUGGGAUGUACUUGAUCCUUCCUAAACUGGAGUAUGCCAGCUACUAUAUAAAAAGAAAGAAGGACAUCACACAGUCACCAUGCAUCUUGCCCACCGAUUAUGUGGAGGAAGAGGUUGUGGUAACAAGCAAUACCAGUCACUUCCCACUGAAUAGAGACUAUACUGGAAGUGUCCCUCCCUUGUGGUCCAUCCUGAAGAAGAUCAGUACAUUGGGCUUCUGUGUCUUCUACAUCUAUUUCAUCUCUAUCAUGAUUUUCCCUGCAGUCUCAUCCAGCAUAGAAUCAGUCAACAAGGUCUCUGGGGGCUUGUGGACAGACAAGUACUUCACCCCACUUACUAGCUUCCUGCUGUACAACUUUGCUGACUUGUGUGGACGCCAGAUCACUGCCUGGAUCCAAGUCCCUGGACCAAAAAGCUGGUUGUUGCCUACUAUGGCUCUGCUGAGGACUAUUUUCAUACCAAUCUUCAUGCUUUGCAAUUAUCAGCCACGAAUGCACAGCGCAAGAGUAAUUUUUGCCCAUGACAUCUAUCCAGUGGUCUUCACUGCACUCCUUGGAUUCAGUAAUGGCUACCUGAUCACACUGUCAACAAUCUAUGGCCCCAAAGUCACUCCCAAAGAAUUGUCAGAGGCAGCAGGGGUGUUGAUGAUGAUGUUCAUGCAGCUGGGGUUGGCUUUGGGGGCAGGCUUCUCUGUCCUUGUUGUCCAUCUCAUAUAGAAGAAGGAGACCUUAUUCCAUGGAGACUCAUUGGCACCAGGACAUUUUCAGGAAAAGAGACAUGUGCCAAAGGGAGACAUUUUCUGGAUUAGGAAAUGCUCUGAACAAUUUUGCCUUCUGGUCAUAAGGAAGAAUAUCAAAAAUGAAUUACUAAUUGCAAGAGCCAAAAUCACAAGUCAUGCAAAAUACAGAAUUCACAAGACCCAGGGGCCAAAUUGCAGUGUAGAAUCACUCUCCUUUUUCUGGACUUUUGAUAGCGUCUCCAAGUGUAGAGUGGUGGUGUCUAAGCACAGAUCUUUUCUCACAGAGUUUAUUACAAAAGUAACCACUAAGGAUAAGGUAAUGGUAAAGGUUUUCCCCUGACAUUAAAUCUAGUCGUGUCUAACUCUGGGGAUUGGUGCACAUCUCCAAUUUCUAAACCGAAGAGCUGGCGUCCAUAGAUACCUUCAAGGUCAUGUGGCCGGCAUGACUGCAUGGAGCACCACAAAGGAUACCAGGAGAAAAAAUAGUGAAUUCUGGUAUUUUUAUUGAGUCCUUUGAUUGAUAUCUAUGAGUCAGGGGAUCAAAGUACUAUAUUCUGCCUGCAUGAAAGUCAGUUCUGAUGCAAUAAGAAAUGUUGCUGGAGUUGUUUCCGUUUUUUCACAUAUAAUUAUGAUUAAUACCAGCAUAUUUAGAUAGGUUUAAGCAGUAUAAUGUAGUAGUUUCAGCACUGGAUUAUGACUGGAGAUCAGCGUUCAAGACCCCACUCAGCUGUGGAAGCCCUUUGAGGGCCUUUCUACACUGUUUUCUAAAAUCCACAUUAUAUGCUUAGAACUGGUUUAUAUGGAAGUGUAGACUCAGGCCCCUUCAACACUGCCAUAGAAAAUUCUGAUUGUCUGCUUUGAACUGGAUUAUAUGGCAGCGUAGACUCAUAAUCCAGUUCAAAGCAGAUAAUGUGGAUUAUCUGCUUUGAUAAUAUGGAUUAUAUGGUAGUAUAGAAGGGGCCACAAAACAUAACUUGGCUAGAAAUAGCUGUGAUAAAUUCUCCUUAGGGCCUCCAUCUCCUUUCACAUAGCCAUAUAUCCCAGAAUAUCAAGGCAGAAAAUCACAUCUUUGAAUCCUGUUAACAUUCAUUUUAUACCAUUUCAGACUCUUGGAAAUGUUUACUUAAAAAAAAUUAAUGCAGCGUGGGGUGAUAGAAUAUGCUUUUAAUAUUGUGGAACUGUGUUUUAUUCAGCCAAGAUGACUGGAUAUACGACGAUUUGAACUGAUAAUCCCCACAGUGCUGUUUUGGACAAAAAAAAGCAUUAUGAAGUAGGAUAGAUUUCUUAUUGGAUGUCUUAGUUUUAUGCUAAUCAUUGUGUUGAAAUCCCAAUUUUAGAUCAGUUUCAUUCUUGUACAACAAGUCUGUGAUCCUAUAUAUGUUUAUCACAGAACAAUGGUUCUCAAACUAUGGGUCCUCAGGUGUUUUGACCUACAACUCCCAGCCAGUUUACCAGCUGUUAGGAUUUCUGGAAGUUGAAGGCCAAAACAUCUGGGGACCUACAGGUUGAGAACCACUGUCGUAGAGUAAAACCCAACUGAAAACAGGAGUACUCGUUUCAUGAGUAGAUCUGUCUUGAAAGUGAUGAGAACAACAAAUUUACUUAUUUAUGUAUUGGUUAAAGCUGAGGUGUCUAGAAAGAUUAAAAGGAGAUUUUUGAACAUUUCCAAAUUGUACCUAAUAUUUCAAUUUUUAAGAAAGUACUUAAAAUGGUUGUAAACUGAAACCAGUUUUCCCUGUUGCCAAAAUAAUUCCUUUACAGGCUUGGAUCCCUUUCACAAAGCUGAAUAAAAUCCCAUAUUUUCUGCUCUGAACUAGAAUAUAUGUGGACUCAGUGUGGACUCAGAUAACCCAGUUCAAAGCAGAUAUUGUGGGAUUUUCUGCCUUGAUAUUCUGGGUUAUAUAGCUGUGUGGAAGGCUCUUAGUUGAACACUAAAAAUAUUUUGGUUUCACUUGUAUUAGGUUUCACCUCUUUCAUGUGUGACAUUUUAGUACUUGCAUAACAUUUAUGUGUAGAGAAAAUUACUGAUAUGAUAAAUGGUAUGUUUAGCUGCAUUUCUAGAAUAUGUUCUGGUGCACAUCUUUCCAAACUAUGUGCUGCAACAUAUUACUGUGUCGACUGCAAUGUGUAGGUAUGUCGCUUGAACGUAACGAGAAAUCCAAUUAAUCCAGUUCAAAGCAGAUAAUCUGGAUUUUAUACAGCUGUGUAGAAGGGUCCUGAAUCUUUGUGAAAUCAGCAAUAAAUCAUGUAUAUUUUCAUGAGAUACGUUAUGUCCCCAUGAAUUUCAUUAUUGCAAUUUAUGGAUGUGUCCAUAUCUCUUCUAACGGGGUGAUUUAACUUCUGUUUUGCUAGUGAAACUGAAUUACUAUGUCGUGCAAUGAUGCAUAUCUAAAAAUAUCGUGUUACCAAUAGGAAAUGUUUCGAAACCUCUGUUCUAGAGGAAGAAAGAGACAAGUUUGUGCUGUUCUGAUAUAGGAAUGUACAUUUAAGCAGAGGCUGGAUGGCCAUCUGUCGGGGGUGCUUUGAAUGCGAUUUCCUGCUUCUUAGCAGGGGUUUGGACUAGAUGGCCCAUGUGGUCUCUUCCAACUCUACUAUUCUAUGAUUCUAUGAUUCUAUGAUCAGUGAGAUCCUGCUAGUUACCUGUUGAAUAAACGAAAUUCUUUCCAUUCUCUUUCUGGUCAGCAUGUCUGAGACCUUCUCUUGUGAUAAGUACCCUGGAAAUCCAUCCAAAUUAUAAACGAACUAUACAGAGGAUAAUUAUGUAAGAUAAAUGCUAGACUAGAGCUUUAAAAAUGCUUUCUUGGACAUCUCCCAGAUCUACCCUGCCAAAAUGUACCAGUUCUUUGACAUUGGAUGAUUCCAUUGGAACUCCACCGCAGUGCAUAGCUUAUGUCAGUGGUUCUCAGCCUGGGGACCCACAGGUUAAGAACCACCAGCUUAUCUAGUUCUCUAGAAAUUGUGUUUCAGAACAAGUAUAUGACAUUGGGGAUUGCAUUCGGAAAUUACUUAAAAUCACAAACCUCUUCAAUAUUAUCACCUGACUCAUUCACCGGAGCUAGCACAGCAUAUUGUGUUGUGGGAAAGAUGGCUUUUUUUUGUUUACUGUGACACAGAAGGUCUUUCAAAAUCCAUCUCUCUUAUCUGUGGUUUCCUAUCCUUUAUUUUUAUUUUCCAUUUCUUUUCUUUUUUUACCUCCUACAGAUCACAGGAUCUGAGGAAGAGCAUAGAUAGCAAACUGGUAAAAUUGAGAAUGGGAAGGGAGAAUGGAGUACCCUACACAUGCUUUUGCUGUUUCGUUUGGGAUAACAAAUAAUGCACACAGGUAAUUUUAAAAGAUAUAUGAAAUUGAGAUAUGAGUUGAAAAUUUAUUAGGCAUGUGAUAGAGGGCAGCGGUUUUAUGCCAUUGUAUAAACUGUAUUAAUUGUAAGUUAAUAGUUGUUUUUUAUUUUUUGUUUUUUUGCAUUAAGAAAUUCUUCAGCCUUUGUUACAUGAAAUUAUGACAUUAACUGACUGGCUUUGAUAAGUCUCAUCCCAUUAGCACCUCUGUUCGGAAGUACUCUGUUGUUUUAGGAGAUUAUCAAGAUGGAACAUAGAUUUUGGGAAGAAGUAUUUAUUGCUGUGCAUGCUCCUUUAAAAAAAGGUUCAGAUGAUGUUUUGCUUACCCUGUGGUUUUUCUGGCAGUUUUCCCAUCCUUUUCGCCAGUGUUCUGAAGUAUUUUUUUCUGACCCAAAAGAUGUUUGUAGUAGAUAAAAUACACUGGUACAUUUAGGCAUGACAUGAAUUAUGGUAAUCAAAGGCGGUGUCUAAACUCUCUUUCCUUCAUAUUUUUAGGAUGUUUUCAUUCUGUCUCUAUUCCCUUUUUUAAAAAAAGUCCACUUUCUAGAGUGGAUUUCUGUGAUCUCUCUCUCUCUCUCUCUCUCACACACACACACACACACACACACACACACACACACACGAAUCUCAGUUUUGGUUGAAACUGUAAAAUGGCUUUCCAAACAUUUCAUGUUGGUGACACAGUAUUUAGAAAUGCCUUUUGUGACAUUUUACUAGCAAAUCAGAGGCCAUCUAAGAUGGCCAACAUUUAGUACUGUUCACAGAUAGCAAGCUAUCCAGGUGAAGGCCAAAAGGGGGGCCUAGAUAGAGAAGGAUAGUCCAUGUGGUCUAUUCAAUGCAAUUUUCUUUAUGGGGGGGGGGGGGUAAGUAGUUAAACCAGUGGUCCCUAAGGACUAAUCUAUGGUCCGCAGCCUCACCGUUGGUAUAGCGUUGCAAUGAGAGCAAAUGGUGUCACGAAACUCUCUUAUAUUUCCAAGGCCACUGGGAUAUCGGGAGGGGAGAGGAUGACAGCCCCUGAAAGGCAUGACAAGCCUUCUGACUGCUUCUUCUACUCCUCCGUCCCACUGAGCAGAGCAGUUCCAUGUGGCGCCUGGAAGUGGGGGUGCCUUGGUGCCUUCAUUUUUAGGUCUGUUGCUGGGGUUAUUUGGGGUGCUGAUUCAGAAAAUUGCAUUGGAUAGACCAUAUCAGGUCUAGAUUAUUAAAUAAGGUUUUCUGUGGGCGAGCAGAUGAUGACUACUAGAUAGCUACUAGAUAUGUUAUGUAUCAGAAACUACAGCUGAUGUGGUCUAUUCAAUGCAAUUUUCUUAAUCGGCAAUCGAAAUAACCAAACUGAGUCUAAAGUUGACCAAAAACUAAUUUGUAACCCUUUUGGUACUAAUGUUGGAGAGUCGUCCCUGGUGAAAAUGAUCCCGGGUCAAAAAAGGUUUGGGAACCACUGAAUUAAAUCAUUUCCCCCACCUGUGUUGCCACAUUGUUUAUGACACGGACGAACGGGGGGGAAUAACCAGCAAAACGGGGAAAUGGUUUAAUUCCUUCAACCCCCCCCCCCUUCCAGUAAAAUGGACUAUCCUUCUCUGUCUAGGCUCCGUUUUGGAGUCUGCCCGGAUAACGAAACAGUACCAUAAUUUUAGUUUAGAAUGGUUUUUCUGCUAUCCCCUUCUCAUAACAGCCCCAUUACUUUUGCAAUUCUCUAACCUCUUUUCUGACCCACCAGGACUGUGUGAUAAUAGUGUGCAUAACCUGACAUACUGUGUCAAAUUAUUGUGCCAAGCGCCAUUUCUUCCUUUUGUGCUUUUGGGUUUGGAUCACCUCAGUGCUUGAUACCAUGAUCAUUUCUGUGAUCUAAAAAUGUGACUCGUCUCUGUUGGUAAAUUUCACAGGUUGCUCCAAGUCUGACUGAGAAAAACCCAACUACUUGGUGAAUAAAUGUAAUCUCUUUACUGCCAAUAACUGAAAUUAUUAUUAUCUUUGUAAAUAGCAUUUGUUUAAUAAAACAUAAACCGGAAACACAACCUUGUGAUUUUAACAUUUUAAUGUUAAUAUUGCUAAUAAAAUAUAUAAUUGUAAUA